GCAAACGCGCAUGACGUCACCUGACACCAACGCCAUGGCGGGCGCGAGCUGUGAGAAUGAGGGAGAUGUGUGUGUGUGCAGCGCGUAGAGACGCUGGAACGGUUAACUGUGGUUUGGGCAAAACACGAAUGGCCGCAGACUGAUGUCUGAACUCGCCAAGUAACCUCGAAAUGGAGUGUCAAAGUGGCAGAGCCGCAGAGAGAGCGCAGCCGCGUGCCGGAAAUCCACCCGAGCCGUCGUGCGCCGCGAACACGCCGAGCCAAGAUGGCGGACCGAGAUCCGACUUUGAGGAAGAAUCAGCAGCGGAAUUCCGCGACGCGCCAAGACUCAAAGCUCCUGACACGAAACGCGGUUCCGUGACUCACAGACUAGCCGAGGAACCUCAGAGGCUCAACUUUCAGAUCCCGAGGAGGAACAAAGAAAAGAGAGAUCUGUUCCAGUACUUGUCCUCAGAGUCCAGAGAGUUUGCAGAAAUCCUCAACAUAAUCACCUCUAGCUACAAGGAUCCUGCCUCAAAAGGGAACUUUGUGUACUCAAAACCUCGCCUCGUCCACAACGAGCCCCUGGAGAAAGAAUUCAUUGAAAAGAGAAAGGAGCUGAAGCAGGAUGGACGCGCCGACAAAGAGCUCGCCGAGUCUUUUUGUUUCCUGCUUUCUGACAAGGUCCCGUCAGUGUGUGAAAAAGGUUUAUCAGUUGGCAAUAGCUGGAUGAGUCUUUUGGGAAAUUCCAGUAAAGGCGUUUACUUGUGUCAGUUCUCUGACUUGCUACAAACCAGUCCCCCUGAGCCAGGUUUCACUGGAGAGUUAAUCAUCUUUAAAGUGAUAAAGGGUAAAGUGAAGAGCAUACAGGAUAACAUGUCAAGAGGUUUGGAUCCUACACCCAAAUUUGACAGCCAUUUCUGUAAGAACGCCAACAGGGUGACGUCCCUGACAUCUUACAAGGCAUUCGAGCACACUCAGCAAUAUUUCUACGAGUAUGUGGAUUAUGAGAUCGCAUCCAGACCCAGGCAUGUGUGUCCGUACGCUGUGGUUUCUUUUCAGUACAAAGCCAAAGAGGCAAUAACAGCAGGCCCCAAGACAGCACCUCUGCAGAGGUCCAACAGCCUGCCCUCAGGAACAGAAAGUCAUGGCUACACUGUCUGGAAAGGCCACUUUGUGAACGGCGGGAAGGAAGUGUAUCAAGCAAGCCUUCAUUCCAUUUCUCAACCCUUUCUACCUUUCAAGAUACCAGACAGGCUCGAGCUGGGUACAGUCAUGAGGCUGGAACAAGUACAGACGUUAAUUCCAUCUACACUUUUCUCCUGGGAUCUUUACUCCGGCAGCCAUGAAGUGUUCAAAAGUGGAAUGUACUGCAGUCUGUUUGAGGUCGUGGUGGAGAAAAACAAAUCAGGAGACGGCCUGGCUGAGCUGUUUCAGGAGCUUGAAAAAAAGGGAUUGGUAUUGAUGAAUAUGAUGAACGACAAAGGUUUUCUCUUCCUUCUGUCUUCAGGCCAAAUGUCCAGCUCAAACAGGCGCAGAGCGAGUUGGAAAACAACAUCUCAAGCUCUUUUUGUCUAUCAGCAGGCUCGGGACGCGUCGACGUUCGCACUUGAACACACUACUCCGCGCACGCACUUGACCCCGGUACCUCAGGACUCUGUAAUGCCACGGCUGAAUAGCUUCAUCCCGGCGUACCACUACGCUCUGAGCAAAGUGCGCUGUAACCCACCAGCUAACCUGAGUGCUGGAGUUGAGCAGCAUGCCCGCGAUUACCUCAGCAGCCUUCACGAAUCCAAACCCAUGCAGCGAGUCCGAAUCGACUACGACAGCAAACUGGAUGACAGGGAGAAACUCUUUCCUGCACCGAGGCAGAGAUUCAACUGGGAAGGCUACAUUCAUUCCUACUUUUAUAACCCUGGUCUGUUUACAAUGCCUGUUAUAAACGCAAAGAAAAUGGUGGAGAUGAUCAGGGUUGUUCCCGAGUCCAGAUCCGACCCCGAGACCACGGACGCUUCCAAGGCUUACGGUGACCCAGAGGGUAAAAGGAAGGAAACCAAACAGAAAGUGCUCCAAGAUGCUCACGGUUUAAAGAGGAAGUUGGAGGAAGAAGAGCAGAACCGAAGUGCAAAGUCUUCAAGGAUAGCCAGCAAUGGAGAAGGUGAAGAAGGUCAAGAUGAGAAGUCCCACCAGACUCUGGCUGAUAUGCUGAUCAACACUGGCCUUCAAGACACAGACCUCAGGAAGGACAAGUCUCAGAAGGCACUGAAGGUUGUGGAGUUACUGAACAGAUUCACCAAAACCUCUCAGGACACGGACUUGAGGAAGGACAACACUCAGGUAGAGCUGGAUAACAAGGUGCUGAACAAGAUAACCAAAACCUUCUGCAGCUCACUUUUGCCUAACGUUGUUGGAGAACUGGAAAAGAGCAUUGGAGACACUGAAAGGACUCUAAAGGAGAGCAUGACCAGUCUGGGGCUCCCCACUAACCUGGACACUGACCUUCGGGAUCGAUUCCCGGACGACGACGAGCAAGAAACACAAGGAAGAAACGAUCUCGAGGAGGAAACUGCUGGCAGCUUGAGUAGCCUGGAGGCUUUCAGUCCAUGCUCCGAUAGCAAUGGACAACAACGCAGUGACAACAUACCUGGAGACAGAUCAAUCCCCUGGGUGCUUAUUCCCAUAACAGGUUUGAAGACUGAGAGAUACAGCCACAGACGAGACAGAAAUCUCGAGGAUCCCCGAUUCAUUCAAAGCCCCACCGUGUCCACUCACAGCGGUCCAGAGAAGCAGGACCUCGUGCCUUCUGAUCAGCCAGACAGCAGUAACAUGGAACCUGAACCAGGGAUGAACUCAGCAGAGCAUCAGGACACGGAGGUCUCCGACGUGCCGAAAGUUUCGGAUAGUCAGGAGCAGGAUGGGACACGGUACAGCGGCGUCGACUGCAUAGUCGACGAGCAAAUCUCCGGCUUCUCCACUGAGGUCGAGGAUCUUUUACGAGGGGAACGUGUGUAUUACUUUCUCUCUACUAGCUCUCAAACCCAGAGAAAUCCACCACAGCCUCCCAUGGUACCUUUCUCCGAGUACAUCUCGCAUUAUAACACACCAUUUCCGGUGCACAACUACAUCAACUCAUUCAGAGACACCGUAAGCGCUUUCUUGGAUCCCCGGAUGAAUAGAAGGGAUAACACGACGCUCGUUUCUUCUUCGGCUCCCGAAGUACUUCCAGUCUCUUCUUCUUCUCUCGUUAAUGCACCUGCGCACUCUCCCAGCUCUGCGGCGAAACCUGCGCUAACCUUCAAUCCUUCCACACUCCUAGAGGACCACCAGCAACAUUUUCAUGAUAUGCCAGUGAUAAAUGGGUUAAAGCAGGCAGAGCAGAGCACAGGGAGAAGUGAAAGGCUUAAACCCCAUCAAGGGAGGAUUUCAGACUCGUCCAAUAACAGCUGGGGGAUCUCUGAUGCAGGGGAAAGCAUGGCUAGCAGCAGAGCAGCAAACAAUGAACCUGCGCUUCUAGAACCGGAUCCAGAUGCCUUCAGCGACGUUAUUAGUCAGCUAAAACCCGAGGUGUUCAACAACCUGAAGAAGAUCAUGAAUCAUGUACAAAAGAAAACCGUCCAGUUCUACAUCUUUUGUGUGGAUGAGGAGAGUGAUGUAUGCUGGGAAAUAAAGGACUAUCUAACAAGGCUCGGCAACCCAGAGUGCGAUCCUCAGACCUUUCUUGACAAGAAGGACAGUCAAGACAAACUCCUGAUAGUUAUUCAAAAUAUAGACAUUGCUGCCCAUAUCCAUAAGAUUCCUGCAUUAGUGUCUCUAAAAAAGCUGAGAUCCGUGAGCUUUGCCGGAGUAGACAGUCUUGACGACAUCAAGAAUCACACCUACAACGAACUGUUCGUUUCUGGCGGCUUCAUCGUCUCCGAUGAAUUCGUCCUUAAUCCUGACUUCAUUGCACAGGAGAGACUUCAGGUUCUUCUUCAGCAUCUUGAGGAGCUUAACACACCCGAGAGUCCGUGGAGAUGGCGGGUACAUUGUAAAACUCACAAAAAGGUCAAGGAGCAAAGCAGGUGUAAAAGUGAAGCCCUGAACAUACUGAACCUCCUCAUGACCUACCACAAGAAACAAAUAGUCGAGUUUCUGCCAUAUCACGAGUGUGACGCUCCGUCACACCAAGCGCCGGACCUGGACUGUCUGGUGAAGCUUCAGGCUCAGAACACUCGACAGCGUCACGUAAUUUAUCUCACAGAGCGUCGCUUUGAGAUGUUUCCACAUUAUUCUAACAGCGGUAUCGUUACUGCGAACAUUGAUGACCUCCUGUAUAGUAUGGCCAGUCUGAUCGGUGAAGCAGGUGACAAACCAGCACCUUCAGACCUGCAUUCCUGUCCCACAUCCCCAAUAUUGAUGGACGAGGACAUGGGACUAUGCUCUGAAAUUCACAGCCUAGACAGAAUAUCUGCCCACGAUGAAAGACCCUCUGUCUGCACAGACUCACAUCCUUGUCCACUGACCGAUCCAGACCCUGCUUUAUCUGACCAUACAGUAAAAGACAAAGCAACGAUAGUUAGUUUACCGUCAACCACCUCUGUGAUUCCAAAGGAAUCCGAUUAUAAAGCUCUGAGAGACGUCAUUUCCAGUUUUAGAAAUGCCCGAAUGCAAGCAAGUUCCCGCACAGGCCAAAUAUCACCAUGCUCUAUCGGUACCAAUCCUCUUCACGGCUUCCUAGCACAGAGCGACAGGCCUCCGUCUGUUCCUCAGGGCCCUUCGGAUGAUGACAUUCAUUCAAAUCAGGCUUUGAGUCAAAUAGAGGAAGUCAGGCAGAGAGAGCACAUUCAUGCCGAAACUGUGUCUGCUUCAGAAAUUGUCACAGUGCUACAGGCACAUUUUGGCUCUGGAGCACAAGAUAGCACGUCUAAGACAGAUUCUGUAGUCAUGGAGACCACCAGUAAUACAUGUGACAUAGAUCCUACCUGGAAUCGCACGACUGACACCGGCAUUUCUGCUGAGACCCCAAUGAACCCGAACAUCAGUGGCAUUGAGAGUGGUUCGAAUCAGAAAAAGGAGGCAUCAGAACCGGGAACUACAAUAGAAACGGUGUCCACUACGAGUUCAUCUAGAGCCAUGUCCGAGGACAAGACUGCAACUAGCAGGAGCCACGGCAGCCGAGGUAGUAAACGCUCAGUGCCUGGACGUUCGCCUUAUGGGAUGAAUACUUUAGUCACAAUGGACAGGAUGCUGCAAAGCAGCAAUUUGUGGCCUGGUGCUCAAGCUUCUCAGAACAACGCUAUGGGAUUUCGAUCCCAGCUACUGAACAGUUCAGUAGACAACACAUUCACACAUUCGGGCCUAAGAAGGCUUUUACCUAGCAGUAACAUGGCCUGGAACAGUUUUGCUCAAGGGACAGCCACAAACAUGUGGGGAAUUCGGCCAAGUGUUGGACUGGGACAAGUUCACCGGACUCCGUUCAUCCAGAGCUACGCCUGGCAUGGGCAUCCCGCAUUCCAAGGAAACGGACAUCCUCCUAGAGGGGGCUAUGGUGGCUGGUGAUCCAGCGCUGCCUGUAAAUAGUUAGAUUUUUUUUUUUUUUUAAUUAUUUUCUCUGACUGAAAAAAGGAACUACCAUUCAUUAAUGAAUGUGCAAAUCAUUUCACAGUUUGUACAUAACCCAUAUUUGUAUUUAAAGAUUUUGUUUUAUUGUCUGGUUUAUGUUUCUUUUUGGAAAACACUACAGGCAAUUAUGGCCUUGCUUUUAAUGUUAACAUUUUUUAAGCUGUACAAAAAAAAAAAAAAGCAUUAAAGCAAUUGUAUAGCAGCUUGA